AUGGCCGGCUCUAGGCUCCGCGAUAUCAGCGGAUACUUGAUCUUGCUCAUCGCCAUCACCACUUUGGGGUCUCUACAGUUCGGUUUCCACUUGGCCGAACUCAACGCUCCCCAAGAUGUUAUCACCUGUCAAAAGAAAUCGAUCAAUGCUCUAUCCGCUCUCGACAAGAUCAAAGGUUUGAUCCACAAGAAACCGGUCGAGGAGGAUCAUGGGUUCCUGCCCCAUUGUAUUCCCAUGGAUGAAGCCGCCUUUGCGACCGUAUCCUCGAUAUUCACCCUGGGAGGACUACUGGGAGCUUUGACAUCGGGUCCUUUCUCUUCUAAGCGCGGACGCCUUCCUGCGAUGCGAAUUACCGGCCUACUAUACCUCUUUGGAGCUGCGGUUGAGACCGUUGCUGGCAGUGUCUUUGUCAUGGCACUCGGCCGCCUUUUCUCUGGCAUCGGAGCUGGAGCUUCAACUGUCGUCGUUCCCUUGUACAUCAGCGAGAUUGCACCACCAAAGGAGAGAGGACUAUUCGGUUUCAUGACCCAAAUCUCCAUCAACGUCGGUAUUUUGGCAGUCCAGACGCUGGGAUACUUCCUAAGCUACGGAACUGCUUGGCGAUGGAUCCUUGGCUCGGGAGUCUUUAUUGCGACAGCCCAGACGUUGGGACUCUUUGUUGUACCAGAGAGUCCCUCAUGGUUGGCUGCCCAAGGUGAUGGAACCAAGGCUAAACGAACUCUACAGAGGAUCCGUGGAAAUGGCUACGACAUCAAUGAAGAGACCGAGUCCUGGAACGGAGAGGAACGUGAUGCUUCCGAAGAAGACGGCCUUCUUCAGGCUGACAGCGCCUCCGAAUCUGCACCCAAGAACCGCGUUGAGCACCUCGGCUUCCUUCAGGUUCUCCAAGACUCUGAUACCCGACCUGCCAUCAUCGCGGUGGUGGGCAUCAUGUUUGUUCAGCAGCUUUGCGGUGUCAACUCAAUUAUCAUGUACUCUGUCUCUCUUCUUGCCGACCUACUUCCCAUUUCUUCAGCACUCCUUACCAUUCUCAUUUCCGUAGUCAAUCUCGCUACCACGGUCGCUUGCGCUCCUCUCCCUGACCGCCUGGGCCGCAAGACUUGUCUGCUUGCAUCCAUCGUUGGUCAAGGAACCAGCGCUUUCAUCUUGGCUCUGUCAAUUGUAUUUGGAGCCAAGAUCAUCUCAGCCGUCGCCGUCGUGGCUUUUGUCGGGUUCUUCGCCGUCGGUCUCGGCCCUGUACCAUUCCUGCUCGCUUCUGAGCUUGUCGGACAAGAAGCCGUUGGUGCCACUCAGAGUUGGUGCCUCGCAGCCAACUACGUGGCGACAUUCCUUGUCGCUCAGUUCUUCCCUAUCGUGAAUACAGCUCUUAACAACGUGCUGGGCGGUCAUGGAUGGGUGUACUUCAUCUUUGCUGGCCUCGCUGUUGGGUCAUUCAUCUUUGUGUUCUGGAAAGUCCCAGAAACAAAGGGCAAGAAGGAUGUUGAUGAGGUCUGGGGCAGGACAAGACGCGUUGAUUAG